AUGGUCAAUCCCCAACUAUGGCACGCCUGUGCCGGCGGUUUGGUCAAUGUACCGCCGGUGAACUCAACUGUCUAUUACUUCCCAAAGGGUCAUGCCGAACAUUCACAAUUAGAAUUACCCAAUUCAGGAAAAUCAGUUUCUUAUAUUCUUUGUAAGGUAAUAUCCAUUAAUUAUUUUGCUAAUACUGAUACUGAUGAAACUUUUGUCAAGAUUGAACUUUUCCCACUCAAAACUUACAAUACCAUGCAAACCCUAGAAACCCAUGCACCAUCUUCACCGCCGCCGCCACCUCCGCCGCCAACGCCGCCAACGCCGCCAACGCCGCCAACGCCGCCGCAGCCGCAGCCUUCAGUGGUUGCCAAAACUUUAACCCAAUCGGAUGCCAAUAACGGGGGAGGGUUUUCAGUGCCGCGUUUCUGGGCGGAUACUAUGUUUCCUGAGCUGAAUUACAAGGUUUCACCCAUAGCUCAGUCUAUCUUUGCCAAGGAUAUUCAUGGCCAUGUAUGGGAAUUCCGGCAUAUUUAUAGAGGAACGCCGCUGCGGCAUUUGUUAACGACGGGUUGGAGUGGUUUCGUGAAUAAGAAGAAACUUGUUGCUGGGGAUUCGGUUGUGUUUGUUAAAGAUGGUGAUGGGAAAUUGAGUGUUGGGAUUAGAAAAGCUAAGAAGAUGGAUCAUAAGAAUCGUGUAACUUUGGAGUCUUUUCUUAAGACGGUUUCACUUGCGAUUAGUGGUGAAAAGUUUGAAGUUGUUUAUUAUCCAUGGUCGAAUGUUCCUGAAUUUGUUGUGAAUGCUUCUUCUGUUGAUAGAUCUAUGAUGAUUCGAUGGUGUCAAGGAUUGAAAUUUAAAAUGCAUUUUGAAACUCAAGAUUCGACCCGUAUAAGUUUGUUUACGGGUACCAUUUCUUCGGUUCAAUAUUUUCACCCGUUUCUUUACCCUAACUAUCCAUGGAGAUGUCUUGAGGUAGAAUGGGAUGAACCGGAUACGCUAAGAGAAGUAAGAAAUGUGAGCCCGUGGACAAUAGAAUUGGUUUCGAAUAUGCCGCCACCUUUUUAUUCUUCAAUGUUCUCAAGAAAGAAGGUAUGUUUGGCUUCGGAUUUUUCUUACAAUGGGCAACUUCCUAUAGAAACAUUCCAUAUUCGGAAUGGUUACCCGGUCGUCAUCCAAAACAACGUUCCUAUAAAAAUAAAGGAAGCCAAACACGAAGAAAUGAAAUUAUCCGAGAAACAAAAGUUGGUUCAAGGCGAUGUUGAAGAUGAUGAAAAUGUGUCUUGCUCAUUGUCUUUAGGAGUUUCUUCUUGUAAUCUUGAGGUGGUGGAAAAGAAAAUUACAUUAUUUGGAAAGGAAAUCAUUCUUACUCAACCAGCAUCAUGUAGCGGCGAUAAAACGUCGACUUCCUCUAACAAUAUUAACUCGAAGUCAGAAUUGAAUGCAUGGCCUUCAAAUAAUGGGAAGAGGAUCAAAGUGGAAGGUUAG